GUAAAGCUCAGCUUAGAGCCAUAUAAGAGAGAAUCACCCCAUUUCAUAACACCUCUGCCUAAUGAAGGAGUUGGCUCCCUGUCUUCAAGAACAGAUGUAGAGACUGAAAAACAAUGGCAAUUACAACAGCAGGCUGCAAAUAAAGAUGGUUGGAAUGCAGAUAGAAACACGUUAAGACAGAGGGAAGCUGCAAAUCGAACUGAACAUCAUCAGCAUUUAUGCAAUAUUGUUGGAAUUGUUCCUCCACGGACAAAGUCCCCAAGUGAUGAAGGAUCAGUAACAAAACAACUGGUAGUAAUAAGAGGAGGGAACCAUGCAUCGAAUGGACAGAUCUCAAGG